ACGAAAUUCAUGAGAUCCAAUGCUCCAAAUGAUUUGUUUUCCUUCAAUAACUUGCAAGACCACCUUCUUUCAACCUGGAAAACCCUCUACCCCAAUGCCACCAUUUUUAGGUGUAAUUUUUUUUCAAUGUGACCAUUUCAUGCAUGACCCUACUAUCUAUCCAUCCCUUCAAAGGAUAUAAACAUUUUUUGCCCUAGCUCCAUUCUUGAACCAUAAGGGAAAAUAUAUAUGAUAUAUUUUCUUUGCUAAAGAGGAUAUGAAUGGGCUAGGAUCCCCUUUCUCUUCUCUUCUUUGUGUAAUGAAUCAAUGAUAUGAGUUGCCUCCCCUGUUUCCAGUCUAAGAAAACCAACGAGCCACCGGUCCAGGACAAGCCUUUCCCGGUUGCUCGCCCUGCAAAUGAUCCUUUCUCCCAACCACAUUUUGAAAACAACUACAAAACAUUAUGUGCAAAUGGUAAUAAUAGCAAGCGCGAUGAUCAAGCUAGCCCUCCUGUUGAAAAUGGGAAUAGUAGCAACGCGAAAACUUUCACAUUCCGUGAGCUAGCCAGCGCAACAAAGAACUUCCGACAAGAAUGCCUAAUAGGGGAAGGUGGAUUUGGAAGAAUGUUCAAAGGAACACUUCAAGGAGGAGAGGUUGUGGCAGUAAAGCUACUAGACAGGACAGGAACACAAGGAAACAAGGAGUUUCAAGUUGAAGUCUUACUGCUAAGUCUCCUUAACCACCAAAAUCUUGUCAAUCUCAUUGGAUACUGUGCUGAUGGAGAUCAGAGAAUUUUAGUCUAUGAAUACAGGCCAAUGGGCAGUCUUGCUGAUCAUCUAAUUGACAUUAAGGAGGAUCAAAAGCCAUUAGAUUGGCUAAACAGAAUAAAGAUAGCCUCAGGUGCAGCUCAAGGACUUGAAUAUCUACACGAAAAGGCCAACCCGCCAAUCAUUUAUCGUGAUCUCAGAUCCACCAAUAUUCUAUUAGAUCAAGAUUUUAAUCCUAGACUCUCCGACUAUGGCCUCGCCAAGCUUGCAGGUGGAGGGAAUAAGUCACAUAUAUCACCUAGGGUAAUGGGAACAUACGGUUACUGUGCUCCAGAGUAUGAAAGAUCCGGUGAACUCUCUUUCAAGUCAGACGUAUACAGUUUUGGAGUUGUUUUACUUGAAAUUAUUACAGGGCGCCGUGCAGUGGAUACUACAAGGCCUCCAGAGGAGCAAAACUUAGUUGCUUGGGCACAACCCAUUUUCAGGAAUCCGAAAAGGUUCAGAGAAAUGGCGGAUCCACUUCUCAAGAACAAGUUCCCUGAGAGAAGUUUGAAUCAAGCAGUUGGGGUUGCAGCCAUGUGUCUUCAAGAAGAGCCAUCAGUCCGUCCCUUAAUCAGUGAUGUCGUAGCUGCUCUUACUACCCUCAACGUGGAUGAACCAAUUCCUGAUUCUCCGUCGUCUCCUGAGAAAGAUGGUACAGAUACAGAUGAAUACGAGCGCAAGUGUUCAGAUACUGAGGCCUUACCAAAUAAUAAUGAGGAUGAGAGCAGUGAGAAUGAUCAACAAAAUGUUCAUCACAAUCAAAGAGUUGGCAUUACCGAAAAUAUUUUUGACAGUGAUGAGGAUGAAGGAGCAAGUUCUGAUUACGGGUACGGAAGUACAUCAGGAUCUUCAGAGAAUGAGAAAGAAGACAGCAGGCUUGAACCUGGAGGAGGGAUGCCAACAGAAUCUGUAAAAUGGGGUUCGGAAUCAAGACGCAAAAGCAAGAUAAAGUCAUCCUCUCGAACUAUCAGCUCAAGCUCAAGUCGCAAAAGCAAGGUAAAACGCUCUGAAAGUAUCAUCUCAAACGACAACUCUGAAAAGGACACAUUCAAUUUAAAAGACAAUAACAAUCAUCGACAACAAAACAGCGUAAAGUCCAAGAAUGUAAGUUUUAGUGCAUAUUCAAGUCAGAGCAGCGAUGAUGCGGAAUCAGAUGGUGAAAAUGAUACUGGUUUAAAACAGUCAAGACAUGUACAAUUCAGAUCAUGAAACCAUACAUCAGAGAUUAAAAUCUUGAUCAUCAACGUACAUGGACUUAUGUUACCAAGGCACCUCUCAGGUUUCUAAAUAAGAGUACACUGAGGCUCUUUCAUAACUAUGCAAGCAAUUUAUAUUUUUUGGUAUCCCCAUGAGUCUUUGGAUAUCUGGCAUUGUCAUUCAAUAUUUAUUUCUUUUAAAGAAAGAAAUACAAAAACAAACA